GGGCCGGGGCCGGGGCCGCACGAAGUGGGUGCAGCGCCCUGUGCGAGGGACUUUGGGACCCGCAAAGGAGGUGCAGGUACAAUGAGGAGGCCGUGGCUUAACAGAGCGUCAGGUCUUGAGGGGCUGAGCGGGCCCAAAGGGGAAGGUGUUGGCACUAUGGCAUAAAUAGUUCCAGGUUUCGCUGCGGAUCGCCCUGGCUCCCCUUCCCGAGGAGGCUCCGUGAGCAUCAGCAGCACUCCCGAGGGAGCAGCUCCUUCACGGGGGUUUGUGCCCCGCCCGACACCGCGGGCAGCCUGGGAGCUGCACAGGAGGAGAUCCUGCCAUGGAAGUGCCUCAAAGUGGAAUCACCGCCCACUAAACAGUGUCCAGCACACGAUACAGCCUAGAAUUGUAAACAGUUUCCCACUGCAUUCUUUAAAGGGCUCUGGGCUCGCUCUGUCCCUGCCGAGCCUGGCUCAGAUCCUGCUCCCCCGGACCCGCAGCAGGUGCAAGCACAGCCCAGCCCCAGACUCCAUCCACUGCAGUAACUGCACCAAAAUGGACAAUGGAGAGACACAAACCCAAUCUUAGAACCUAUGUGGAAUCUGCUCAGGAAAUUUUAACACUCUCCCUUUGUUUCCUCCCUGCUGCAAGGAUCCCAGGUGAACUCAUCCAGUAUCAGCAGUUGGGUGUUUGGAGAAGGAAGGUGGGCUGGGGUCACAUGUGGGUCAGCAAUUGUUCAGGAAACUUUCUGGCAAUCCAUCCCAAAGCCCCUCUGGCAGUCACAUUCCUCCCCCUCCAGACUGGCACUGCUGGGACUGAAGCCCCUUCACAGCAGCAGCUCCAGAGAUUCCUCAUCAGGAAUUCCUCCUGUGAUUUUAAUGGGGCAUUCCUGCUAGUAUACUCAAAGGGAAAAGUUUCAAGGGAUUUAACACAAUGCCCUGACACACAAUAUUAUUGCAGCUACCAAACAGAACAAAGCUAAGGUCAACAGAGUUGCCAUAGGCCAAAAAGGAUUAUCAAUAUAAAAUCACAAAAAAGGGUUGAUUGUUCCCUAUCUAUUGACAUACUGUAUCAUCCACCUGGUGCUGGCAGUUGGAUGUUUGGAGAAGGAAGGUGACCUGAGAUCCCACCUGGGUUAGAAACUGUUCAGGAAACUUCCCUGUCAUCCAUCCUGGAGCUGCCCUGACAGCUGCAGUCCCACCCCAGACUGGCACUGGUGGGGCCGAGGCCAUCAGCAGUGCCUUGAGGGGCCCUGUUGGCUCCCCCCACCCCAUCCCACAGUUGCUCCUGGUUUCCUCUCCAGCUCAGGCCCAGGGCUCCCAGAGUGCAGUCCCAGGCUCUGGUUCCUUUAAGGAAUUUUAUCAUGGUGGAGCAGCUCAGUAACAGCUUGAGGUGGAACUUCUGGGGAGGGACCCCAACAAAGGAUCUCCCAGGCUUCCAUCACCUCCCAGUCUGUGCACCUGACAGUGGGGCCCUCCUGCUGAGCCAUCAUCUCCUGCUGUGUCCAAGUGUCCAGUUACCUGCCCGGUGCUGCAGGACCCCUGGGCCCUUUGGGUCAGUGCCAGGUCCUGGCCCCUUGCUGGGGGCUCUGUCCCCAAGCUCUGUGCACUAAAUGUGGUCCUCAACAUGUGGGACCCUCAUUACACACCCCAAACUGCGACAGAGCAACAUCCCCAGACCCCCUAAUCCACAGCUGCACCCACAGGCUGGAGCUUCCUUCAUCACCUUUGAAAAUCCAGCACACCAUGCCCGGUCCCACAGGACAUGUCUGCAGUGGAGGGACAGGGCUGGGAGGGCUGGGCUGCUGGCUGGGUGAGGAACUGGUUGGGCUGUGGGCUCCCAUGUCCUGGGGGAGGUCGGUGACCAGGGGUGUCCCUGGGGGCUCUCUGGUGGCACCAGGGCUCUGCAAUCCCCUCCUCACUGACACACACACAGCAGCUCGAGCCCACCCUCAGCAUGUUAGCAAAGGUGACACAAAACUGCAGGGCAGGUGACAUCCAGGGGGACCUGGACAAGCUGGAGAAGUGGGACCAAGAGAACACGAUGAAGUUCAAUAAAACAACGGGCAAGGGGCUGCACCUGUGCAGGGACAGUCCCAGGCACCAGCACAGAGUGGGAGAAGAGCUCAGAGCUGCCCUACAGGGAAGGACUUGGGGGUUCCAGUGGAGGAAAAGCUGUACCUGAGCCACCAGCGAGCAGUGGCAGCACCAAACGCCAAACCCAUCCUGAACUGCAGCAAAAGAGUGGCCAGAGGUGGGUGAAAGAGGAGAUGCUGCCCCUCCCCUCUGGGGAGCUGUAACGGGAUCACCUUUUAGGGUCCCGUCCAACCCAAACCCGUCAGUGACCGUGUGGUUCCACGAUAAUGAAUCCGGGGCUCCGUUGGUGCCGGCACAGUUCCAUGGCCUCCAGCGACACGAGUGACAACGUUCCGGGGCUGCCGGGCACCGGCGGAUCCCGAGCGCGAGUGACAACGGCCCGGGUGUCCCGCGGCCGCCGCUCCCGGCUCCGCUCAGCCGCGCUCUGCUCGCUGCAGGCGGAGGCGAUCCAGAAACCCCUUCCCGGUGACCUGCACGGAGGUCCCUUCCCCUUCCCGGUGACCGUCCCUGCACAGAGCCGGCACCGCCACCCCACGCGGGGGUACUGCCGUCCCCAUGGACCGCAUCAGUACCCAGAUCCCUGGAUCGGGAGCCGUGGCCCCCAGCAGCCCCAUGCCCCAGGAGGGCUCCAUGACCGUGGUGCUGCGUGUGAGGCCCCCCAGCCGCCGGGAGCGAGCUGCACCCCGAGUCCUGCACGUCCUGGACCAGCACGAGGUGCUGCUCAGCCUGGAGGAGCCCGGCGGAGCCGCCCCGCCCGCCCGCAGCCCCGGCCGCCGCCGCAGGAACCUCAAAUUUGUGUUCGACCACGUUUUUACCGAGGGGGCCACGCAGGAGGAGGUGUUCCAGCACACCACGCUCCCUCUGCUGGACUCCCUCCUCGCUGGCUACAACUGCUCCGUGUUUGCCUACGGUGCUUCAGGAGUCGGGAAAACCCACACCAUGGUGGGCUCCAAGAGCAGCCCUGGCAUUGUGCACCUGGCCACGGUGGAGCUGUACAAGAGGCUCGAGGCCAUGAAGGACAAGAGCUGGGAGGUCCUUGUCUCCUACCAGCAGGUGUACAAAGAGUGUGUCUACGACAUGCUGGAGCCUGGGAGCCCACUGAACGUCUGGGAGCAGCCCGGGAAAGGAGCUGUGGCACACGGUCUCUCCUUCCACAAGCCCACGUCAGCAGAGCAGCUCCUGGACAUGUUGGCCAAGGGCAGUAAAAACCGGGCACAGCGUCACACCAAGGCCAACGCCACCUCCUCCCGCUCCCACGCCAUCUUCCAGAUCCAGGUGAAGCAGUGGGACACCAGUGGUGGCCCGGCCGGGGACUCGUGCGUGGCCAAGCUGAGCUUCAUUGACCUGGCGGGCUCGGGGCGAGCAUGGGACACACCGAGCCGGGGACAGGGGCUGCGGGAGGCCACCAGCAUCAGCCGCUCGCUGCUGGCCCUCAAAAGCGUUGUCCGAGCUCUGACCGGAGCCAGGGGCAGACAGAGCCACGUUCCGUUCCGGGACAGCAAACUGACUCGGCUGCUGAAGGACUCGCUGGGCAGCAGCUGCCGCUGCACCGUGAUCGCAGCCGUGAGCCCCGCGGCGCCCGCCGGCCCCGACACCUGCAACACGCUGCGCUUCGCCAGCCGGGCCAGGCACAUCCUGCUGCCGUCCCUGCAGCUGCAGUGCUCCGGGAUGUCUCUCUGCAGCUCCAGAACAGAGUCCCUGCCCGAUCUGCAGUUCCAGGCCAGUACACCAAGUCCCCUGCUGCAGGAGCUGUCUGGGCACCAGGAACAGAACCUCUGCCCUGAUGAAAUGAGUAUGAAGACAAAGGAAGUGGAGAUCCUGGCCCUGGAGGAAUCCAUAGGAUCGGUGGAGGCCUUAGGGCUGGAGGAAUCUUCUCCUCCCUGUAGCCCCACAGAGCCCAGCGAGGCUGCCCCAGCCCCGGGAAUGCAGCUGAGCUGUGCCGCCGAGGCGCCUGUCGCCAUGCCAGAUCCCGCUGUGCCCAGCCCCGACCCGGAAUGCUUCCAGGAGCUCUCUCCGUGCUCCAGUUUCAGGUCGAUGUCUCCCGGGCCGGUUAAGAGCAUGCUCGAGUCGAGCACAGAUUCCCAAUCAGAAAAUUCCCGCAGCUCCCGAGCACGGAGGAAGCGCCAGCAGAGUCCUGGGAAGGCAGCAGGGAGUCCCCGGGCAGCGCAGAGCCCUCCUGUGUCCCCGGGGCCGCGUUGUGUCAGCCUCCAGCCGUCCCCGCCGGGCACCCCAAGCCCUGGCACCCCGGCAGCAGCGGCUGCACGGAGCCCCAGCUCCUUCCCCGGGCCGGCUCCAAGCGCUGAGCAGCAGCAGCCAGAGCUCCGGGCAGCCCUCCCGCAUCCACCCCCCAGCACCUCUCCCAGAGUUCAAACUCCAAACGCCUUCAGUUCCUCUCGCCCCCGUUCCUCCUGCAGCCCCGCGAGCAUCCGCUCCUGCCCCGCAAUGCCCUCCUGUCCCCCCGUGCCCUCCUGCCCCUCGGUGUCCUCCUGCCCCUCAUUGCCCUCCUGCCCCCCCGUGCUCCCCUGGCCACGGUUCCGGGGGCAGCUGCGUGCCCCUGUCCGUGCCCCCUCUGCUGGCUCAGUCCUGUUUGUGUGUUUGCAGGUUAUGGGUGGGUUUAGGGAAUAAGUUACUGUGUUUUUAAUAAAUUG